AUGAUGGUUUUGAGGAGUAAAUCGUCAUAUCGAGGACAACCAUUUGGAGGCGAUUCUGGUCAUAAGGGAAGAAAGGAUAUACAAGCUGCUUGUUUGGUUUGGAACGGUAUCUGGCGAUGGUUUAUACCUGCAAAACCGGUGGACAUCUUCAAUAGUCCCGGAGAAGGAGACAUACUACAACUUCGGAACCUCAAAAAGAGUGACACGAGAGCUUAUAAUGCUCUGCACAGUUUGUCAAGUGAAAAAUGGAAUGUUACUGAUGAAGAUGGGAACAUCGUCAUACCAUAUGCAAUUACUGGAAAAUUCAAUCUAUCCGAAGAAGGCACGAUUGCUAACGCUAUGCAGCGAGUCAUGGAUAACACAUGCAUUCGGUUCAUUAAACAUACUGAUGAGCAGGACUACAUAGACUUCGUUAAUAAACCUGGUGAAGGUUGCUACACGAGCGUCGGACGUCAAGGAGGCCGUACAGUUGUGCAACUCGAGUCUAGCGAAGUGGCAACAUGCAUGAAGACGAACCUCGUGUUACAUGAGCUGUUGCACGUUGUCGGUCUAUGGCAUGAGCACCAGAGACACGAUCGUGACAGCUACGUCCAGAUUCUUUAUGAAAAUGUCCUCAAAGAUUUUCACGAUCAAUUUAUAAAAAUCACUACGUAUCAAGCAACAACUUACGAUGUACCGUAUGAUUACAAAUCUUUGAUGCACUACGGAAAGAAUGCCUUCGCAGUACCCUAUAAAGUCAGCAUGCUGACCAAGGAUCCAAACUAUCAGGAUGUGAUCGGCCAACAGGAGGACGCCUCACCGAACGACUAUCUUAAAGUUUGCAAAAUCUAUAACUGCAAAAAAUGUCAUAGCAAUUCGUUAGUUCAGGACGAUACAUUCCUGCUCAGAGAAUAUGAUUAA